UGGCUCAGGGUCUCCGGCGGCCUGCGGAGCUUCCCACCGCUUGCAUAAGGCUUUGCUUUCCAACUUCAGCUACAGUGUUAGCUAAGUUUGGAAAGAAGACGAAAAGAAGACCCCCGGGCAGUUUGUCUUUGGUUUUUCCUGCCAUAGUAGCCGUUGGGGUCUCUUUACACACAGGCUGUUGUCUUUUCAGCGGUGCUCUCUGCAGGUCCCAGCUCUCCUGCUAAACAGCUCCUCUGCAAGAGCAGCGGUCCCAAACAGCAGCUGACCACCGAGCAGAGGGACAGCGCCUGGUGUCAUGACCAGGGCAAGGGAUCAAACCCGGCAGGAAGGAUGCUGUGGAUCCUUUACAAACUACCUGACAUCUGCAAAAUUCCUUCUCUACCUUGGCCAUUCCCUCUCUACUUGGGGAGAUCGGAUGUGGCACUUUGCGGUGUCUGUGUUUCUGGUAGAGCUUUAUGGAGACAGCCUGCUCUUGACUGCAGUAUAUGGGCUGGUGGUAGCAGGGUCUGUUCUGGUCCUGGGAGCAAUCAUCGGUGAUUGGGUGGAUAAGAAUGCCAGACUGAAAGUGGCCCAGACUUCACUGGUGGUCCAGAAUGUUUCGGUCAUCCUGUGUGGCAUCAUUCUGAUGAUGGUUUUCUUACAUAAAAAAGAGCUGCUGACCAUGUACUAUGGAUGGGUCCUUACUUCCUGCUAUAUCCUGAUCAUCACUAUUGCAAACAUUGCAAAUCUGGCCAGUACUGCUACUGCAAUCACAAUCCAAAGGGACUGGAUUGUCGUUGUGGCAGGAGAAGACAGAAGCAAAUUAGCAGAUAUGAAUGCCACCAUUCGAAGGAUUGACCAGCUAACCAACAUCUUGGCCCCCAUGGCUGUUGGCCAGAUUAUGACAUUUGGCUCCCCAGUCAUCGGCUGUGGUUUUAUUUCCGGAUGGAAUUUAGUGUCUAUGUGUGUGGAAUACUUCCUACUGUGGAAGGUUUACCAGAAAACCCCUGCUCUAGCUGUGAAAGCCAUUCUCAAAGUAGAGGAAGCUGAACUGAAACAACUGAAUGUACACAAAGAUACUGAGCCAAAAUCCACAGAGGGAACUCAUCUAAUGGGUGAAAAAGAGCCAAAGAUUCAUGAGCUUGAAUGUGAGCAAGAGCCCACCUGUGCCUCCCAGUUAGCGGAGCCCUUUCGCACCUUCCGAGAUGGAUGGGUCUCGUACUACAACCAGCCGGUGUUUCUGGCUGGCAUGGGUCUUGCUUUCCUUUAUAUGACUGUCCUGGGCUUUGACUGCAUCACCACAGGGUACGCAUACACCCAGGGGCUGAGUGGUUCCAUCCUCAGUAUUUUGAUGGGAGCAUCAGCUAUAACUGGAAUAAUGGGAACUGUGGCUUUUACUUGGCUACGCCGAAAAUGUGGCCUGGUUCGGACUGGUCUAAUCUCAGGAUUGGCACAGCUCUCCUGUUUGAUCUUGUGUGUGAUCUCCGUGUUUAUGCCUGGAAGCCCCUUGGACUUGUCUGUUUCUCCUUUUGAAGACAUACGUUCUAGGUUCAUGCAAGUAGAACCAGUGUCUACAACUACCAAAAUACCUGAAACCAUCUUUACAACUGAAAUGCACAUGUCAAACGGGUCUGAUACUGCUAACACUGUCCUAGAGAUGAGCACUAAAUCUGUGCCCAUCAUCUCCGUCAGUCUGCUGUUUGCAGGCGUCAUUGCUGCUAGAAUCGGUCUUUGGUCCUUUGAUUUAACUGUGACACAACUGCUGCAAGAAAAUGUAAUUGAAUCUGAAAGAGGCAUUAUAAACGGUGUACAGAACUCCAUGAACUAUCUUCUUGAUCUGCUGCAUUUCAUCAUGGUCAUCCUGGCUCCGAAUCCUGAAGCUUUUGGCUUGCUUGUAUUGAUUUCAGUCUCCUUUGUGGCAAUGGGUCACAUUAUGUAUUUCCGAUUUGCCCAGAAAACCCUGGGCAACCAGCUGUUUGUUUGUGGUCCUGUUGAGAAAGAAGUUACGGAUGAAAAUCAAGCUAAUACAUCUGUUGUUUAAGACAGUUUAACUGUUUCUGUCCCUGUUACUAAAUUGUGUAGAGUACAUGUGCUUAUUUUAUACUCCGGAAUUCCAAUAAAUGCCUGGGUGUUUCUCUGGUUUUUCCACAGCUGUGCCUUGAGGGCUAUGAGCUAUUUAGCAAACCUAAGUCAGCAGAAAUGAGCUGGUUAUUUUCCCUUAUAUUUGGGCAUGGAAAAAAAAUAGGAGAAGAAAAAGUCAGUUUGAGAAUAGGGAGACUAUAAUGAUAAAACUAAAUCUCUCUACUCUUAUGAGUUGAUAAAAUUUCAUAUAAGAGUGGUUAAUCGUGUGAAUUAAGUUAUUCCUUCACAGGUAUUUAUUAUCUGUACUAGAAUUUAGAUAAAUCACUUUCCCUCAAACUCACUCUCACUCAAGUCUGACUAAUUUAUUUUUUUUUGUAUCUGAAUUCUCAGUUAUAUUAUAAAAACAAGUUCUUCUCCAAAUAUGAAGAUUACAGUUUGAUAACCAGUAUUAUUCUUAUCGAUGCUAUUGAUCUUAAGGGAUUUAACAUGUAUGGAAAAAAUGAAAUACUUAAGUAGAAUUUUCUAAUAAGGCUUGUGGCUUAACCUUAGUGACCACUUUUGCAUUUUUAUUAUCUGAUAGGGAAAAAUAUUGUAUUAAGUAUAUGUUGCUCUUCAUAAAAUGGCUGUCAUGUAAGCUGCAGGUAGAAACAAAGCCACAAAGUAGAUUUAUAAGGCGUGAGCAUAUAAGGACUUAAGUAUGUCAGUGGUUUGGCUGUAGAACUAGAAGGUGAAAGCUAGACACCGGUGAGAGGUCCUCAUUUAACUCAUGCCUCUAUCAUUAAUGUCAUCUAUCUUGGAGUAUGAGAGAGUAAGCCUUCACUUUGGUAGGUUACAUGUAGAAAGAUAGCCACACUUGGAAAGUAUUGGAAAGGUUUUGUUUUAUAAAUCAUUUGAGUUACUUUUAACACACUCAGGUAGAACACUUUUACUGUUUUGCCUAAGGAUUCCCUACAUUGUUUAGAACAAGGAUGUUCAUAAAAGUUUCAUUUUCAAAUAUCUUUGAAAAAACAAAGAAAAAAAUGUUUGUAUAUGUUUUUCAAAACUGUUUUACAAGCCAUUUUGCAACAUGCUAGUACCAACAUGGUACUUUGCCCUAACUUUUAUGCACUUUCACGGAGACUGCAAUAUGUUGCUAUUUGCACUUUCUUUAUUCUUGAGGUUUAAUCUUUUUCUUCAUCUUUCUACAGUAUGACAGAAUGAUUUGUGAUGUAAAAUCUUUGUAAAAUAU